AUGGCAAGCUCACCGAUGGCGGGUUCGACUCGAAGAAGGGGGACAUCGAGAUCGAAGGCGGCAUGCGCACGAGGAUCGACCACGGCGACUUAUGAGUGCCAGGGCCAGGCGCAGUGCACGACUUACGACUUGUGCGGUGCAGAGCCGAUGCUGCCGGCCCUCGGGCUGGCUGCCUCGAGUCGUGAGCUGCGAGGGCCGGGCGGUGCAAUACAGGCCCAGACCUCUGGCGCCCGGGGCGCCCCGCUCCCGCCGCGGGGGGGGCAUGGGGCCCGCCUUGCGGGCAGGUGCGUGCGGACGUUGCCCGCGGUCGAGGCGCUCCUCUGA